UUCAUUUGAUAUGUGAACGCACUCCAGCUUUCACUCAUGUGCGCUCGUGUGCGAUUUUCAUGCAGUACGUUCCUUUUCCGGUGUAGACACACGGUGUGAUCAUGCCUCUCGCAAAAGACCUGUUACAUCCGUCACCAGCAGAAGAGAAGCGAAAGCACAAGUUAAAGAGGCUUGUGCAGCAUCCUAAUUCAUAUUUUAUGGAUGUCAAGUGCCCUGGUUGCUACAAGAUAACGACAGUGUUUAGCCAUGCACAGAGUGUAGUAGUAUGCGCAGGAUGUUCGACUAUCUUGUGUCAACCAACAGGGGGCAGGGCGAGACUCACGGAAGGUUGCUCGUUUAGAAGAAAACAGCACUAAGAAGAAAUCCCCAAGAAUGAAGCCUUUAACAGUGCACUGGGGGGAUUGGUAUCAUUACCAGGAUGUUCAUAUGUUGCAGAACUUCAUGAUCAUUUGACUUUUUUUAAUACUGUAAUAAUUAUGAUGUUUCUUGAGUUAAUAAAAGGCUUGUCAAAGGGAAUAAAAUUGUGCUCUGUUA